UUCAAAUUUCAGUUGCUGCAGCUACAAUAACAGCCUCAAAAAGAAAGGGAAGAAGGAUAGAGAAGCAGCAUGGCAAAGCUGGUGGUGGUUCAGCAACCAAAACCGCCUUCCUUAUCCCUCCUUCCUUCUUCUCUGUCUGAAUUCAGUGGCACAAAGCUCCCCUCUCAAAUUAAGUACAAAAGACAGGUGUGUCUUCCGAAACCAAAAGGAGCUCUAAAUGUCAGGGCAUCAGGUGCCAAGAAAAUUCUUAUAAUGGGAGGCACCCGAUUUAUUGGUUUGUUUUUGUCAAGACUCCUUGUGAAAGAGGGUCAUCAGGUUACAUUGUUUACCAGAGGAAAAGCACCAAUUACACAACAAUUACCCGGUGAAUCAGACAGUGAUUAUGCUAAUUUUAAAUCCCAGAUCUUGCAUUUGAAAGGAGAUAGAAUGGAAUUUGACUUUGUGAGAACAAGUCUGCCAGCUGAAGGCUUCGAUGUUGUUUAUGAUAUAAAUGGACGAGAAGCUGAUGAAGUUGAACCUAUUUUAGAUGCACUCCCAAAUCUAGAACAGUACAUAUACUGCUCUUCGGCUGGUGUUUACCUCAAAUCUGAUCUUUUACCACACUUUGAGAUUGAUGCAGUUGAUCCAAAGAGUAGGCACAAAGGAAAGCUCAAUACUGAAACUUUGCUUCAAUCAAGGGGUGUCAAUUGGACUUCCAUAAGGCCAGUCUACAUAUAUGGGCCCUUGAACUACAAUCCUGUUGAAGAGUGGUUCUUUCACCGUUUGAAAGCUGGUCGUCCUAUUCCAGUUCCCAACUCAGGAAUGCAAAUAACCCAACUUGGUCAUGUUAAGGACUUGGCUACGGCUUUUGUCCAGGUUCUUGGCAAUGAGAAAGCCAGCAGAGAGAUAUUCAACAUCUCAGGGGAGAAGUAUGUCACUUUUGAUGGAUUAGCUAAGGCAUGCGCAAAGGCUGGUGGAUUUCCUGAGCCAGAGAUUAUACACUACAACCCCAAGGAGUUUGACUUUGGAAAAAAGAAGGCAUUCCCAUUCCGAGAUCAGCAUUUCUUUGCGUCAGUUGACAAAGCGAAGCACGUUCUCGGAUUGAAACCCAAGUUUGAUCUGGUUGAAGGACUUGCAGACUCGUACAACCUAGACUUUGGCAGGGGAACAUUCAGGAAAGAGGCUGAUUUCUCGACGGAUGACAUGAUACUCGGCAAAAGUCUUGUCCUCCAGUCCUAGGCAACUGUAGUUCUUCAUCUUUUGUCACCAUGUUGUUCAAACUUUUCUCUCAAGUUCACCAGUAAGCGAAUGUAAUAUUCCAGUUUUCGCACCCUUCAGGUGUCGAUUACUAUAAUCUACAUGUGUCGUCACUCAUUGUGAAAAUUGGAUGUAGAAGAGAUGAAUGUUGAUGAGACUCAAUCAUAAUCCAUCAAUCUUUCUUGGGCUUAGUACUGACCAUUGUGAAGU